ACAGCUAAUGAAAUGCUUAAAAGUUAAAAUUACGUAUUGUUCUUUUCCAUAUGAUCUUAUCCGUGAAUCUGUAAUGACCCAGCACAGGCAGAAAUCAGGAUUCCGUUAGGAGCCCGCAAUCGAUUGGUGUAGUCUUGGGAACUGGUUGUUGUCAAACUUGACAGUUGAAAGAUUGUAGAGAUGCUACGCCUAUUGGGCUGGGGGAGAAGAGCGACUUCAAUCUCAUCCAAUUUUUAUGGAAGUUCCCGGAGAGGAAGCCCCUGAGAUUAUUACCAGACGGGGCUUCUGCUUGGGCGUCCUUACUGAUGGCGUCGACCGCAAUUCCGAGGCCUUUGCUACAAACUCUAAUUCCAUGGCGGACUUGAUUUCCGAACUCCAAUCUCAUGUAGCCAAGGUACUUUCGGGUGGUGGAGCCGAGGCAGUGAGGAGGAACAGGAGUAGGAAUAAGCUUCUACCCAGGGAAAGAAUUGAUCGCCUAAUUGAUCCUGGCGCUUCAUUCCUUGAGCUUUCACAGGUGAUGCAUGGACCUGGGAAUCUUAUGAGUUUUUAAAUGACAAAGCUUGCAGGGCAUGAAUUAUAUGGAGAACCUCUGCCUUCUGCCGGGAUUAUUACUGGAAUAGGUCCAGUGCACGGGCAGCUUUGUAUGUUUGUCGCAAAUGAUCCUACGGUUAAGGGAGGGACUUACUAUCCCAUUACUGUUAAGAAACAUCUUAGGGCACAGGAGAUUGCUGCUCAAUGCAAGUUGCCCUGCAUAUAUCUUGUUGAUAGUGGAGGUGCUUUCCUUCCGAAGCAGGCUGAUGUCUUCCCAGACAAAGAAAACUUUGGAAGAAUAUUCUAUAACCAGGCUAUCAUGUCGGCUGAAGGCAUUCCACAAAUUGCACUGGUAUUAGGUUCUUGCACUGCGGGGGGUGCCUACAUACCUGCCAUGGCUGAUGAAAGUGUAAUGGU